ACGCUGAAGAUAACGUCAGAAGCGUAUCUAGUCGGGGCCUAAGCUUAGAGACUUGAAGCUUCUUGUUUGUGGCCGUGUCCGUAGUAUACACUGCCUAGGUCUUUUGCCCCUAGCCGAUGAGAACUUUCGAUAGCCAUUCGCGCUUAUCUUCUCGCGUCAAACUUUCUUGAGAAGCAACUUCAACUCUGGUACAUUCCGUCCCCCCCCCUUCAGCUCUUUCGUCGAGCUGCUCGAACGCCACCGGCGCUUUCUGGUCCUAUUCUGAUGCUCUUGCUUACAGGCUUUUCUUUUCUGCCUCGCCGUCUCUCCCAGCUCGACACGGAACUCCACUCCACCAGAUUUUGUCGCUAUUCUGCCCACCCAUUAGUUUUUCAUUCUAUCGAAUUCUCGACUGCCAAAUCCAGGUCACCUUACAUUGUCAUAGCUGUCUAUCGCACUACCGUAACCUGAGAUGUCGGUCAUGGUUUCUUCGAUCAAAGAGGAGGCCCGCAAGCCUUCACAAAUGACAGUGACAACGAUAGAACCUGUUCCAGAUUCUGACAAGUCACGCACCCUCGAAAGACAAUAUGAGGGCUCAAUCCCAUUAACACCGACUUCCGCGCACACAGUCAGCAGCUUCGAUGUCGAUAUUGAGGCCAUGAAGUCCGCACAGUGUCAGGACAACCCCCGAGCGUCUAUGUGUGCAAAUCGGCUCCAUUCGGAUAGUAGAGUCUGGCCCGGUCAAGCUUACUGGAGGGAGAAGACCCGCGCUGCGAAGCGGAAAAACCGGUCCUGCCAGUGCCUCGCUCGCCUCGACAAACGUAUCCAAAUCGCGGUGAAGAUCACCAUUGUACUUGUGAUUCUCGGUAUCGCAGUGGCCGUGGGCUUUGGCAUCAGUAAAUCUCUAGGUGCACGUGUAUGGCAACCUAAGGACGACCAGCGGUGAACAGCCAUGAUUACACCAAUUUCCUACAGUCACCUGGGCUAUGAUACGAUCGUUAACUUGGUAGCCGCAACCUGAACAUCCUACCUACGGCAUACAGCUGUGGUGCGUUACUCACAUACGAUUCCCUGGCGGUAAAAUGACACCCUCGAAAUGGCUUUCAUUCCCAAUUAUUCCUCGAAAGGAACCUUGGUUGCGUUAUAUUAGUUACUUGAACACUGUGAUGAUACCCGUUGGAAUUAUUUGGCAUAUUCGUUUUAUCAUCAUUAUGCAGGCACACACAGUGGCCUUUAAGAACACCUUUUUGUGGGGGGAGGGGG